UUUAAUAGUGCAAAUAUAAAUGUUUCUUUUGUUUUUCGAAACAUUCCCAUUUUGGUGAGGUGCAAUAUGACAGGUUAAAAAGCCAAAUGUUGUGAUUGGAAUUUAUAAAGGAAAUAUAAAUUACCAUGGCUUCGAAAAAUCCCCCGCCCCCCGGGGUAGUAGAAACUUUACAGGGCUAUUUAUCGAAUCCAUUCCGAAAGAAGCAGGAGAAAACACCAGUAGGAGGGUUUGGAGAGAGGCUUGCCAACGCGACAAAUAACAACUUUAGAGGUUUAAUCGGUGUCUUAGUGCCGGUAGCCGCAUUUGCCUGGCAAAUCGAAAAGGAAAACAAUGCAUUAAAAGUGAAGAUUAUGUGGCUAACAAUGACUUGGUUCUUCUUAACCCAACCAGUUUCAAUUCCUGUUACCGGAUUGAUUCCAGUAUUUGUUCUACCGAUGUCCGGAGUCAUGUCUACUGUUAAGACUUGUGGUUGUUAUUUGACGGAAUAUGUGAUGCUACUUAUAAUAUCUUCGAUGAUAGUAGUACUACUUAACAAUUCUGGCGUCGAUCGACGUAUAUGUCUCUGGCUCUUAUGUUCUGGCGACUCCUGUCAGUACUCUGGAAAAAGAUUGGUCUUUAAAGCUAGUGUAGCUGCUUAUUUCCUAUCCAUGUUUUGUAGCCGACUCAUAGUUACAUCUACUUUGACUCAACUUGUAACUAAUGCUAUAACAAAAUUGGAUUCAGGCAGAAAAGAUCCGGAUAAUAAUCCCGAUUUUAUAACAAUGCGUAAUAUAAUAAACAACUCAAUUCAAACAGCUUCAUCGAUAGGCAGCGUCGCAUUUUUUCAUACUGCAAUGGUUACAAUCCUUUUUAGAGGAGCCUUCGUAGAGUUCGCUCCUGAUAAAAAAGAAUAUCCAGACAUAUUUAACUAUUUACAAUAUUCAGCUUUUGCUUUUCCAUUGUCUUUCGUAAUGUUCCUUAUAAAUGUGAGUUACCACAUGAUGCUCAUUAACUGGUGCUUGGACAAAGGUAUGUCUGUAUCAAAGAUGGAAGAACUACAGUCGUAUUUUAAUCAGAGUCGAAAGGAGAUACCUCGCAAAGUCAGCUUGCAUGAAAGGCUCUCGGUACUAUUUUUAAUUAUCGUAAUAAUUACGUUUUUCUUUCGUUGGAAUCAAUGGGUAGACUCAUGGGGCGAAUUCAGAAGAGAUCUGGACUCUCCGGAAAUUCCAAGGGUAAAAGAUACAACUGUCGCAGCUAUAUUUGUUAUAAUUCUACAUAUUAUACCUAAAAGUUAUGGAUUUGUGCAAUUCUUAGACGCUGAAAAGAAAAGUGAACUUCCACCUCUAAAAGCGGAAUCAGCGAUACUAUGGUGGAGAUUUGUUGAUAAUAACGUUAAUUAUGGAUAUAUCUUUCUUUUUGGGGCUUGUCAGGCAAUUACGAAAGCGGCAAGAAUUACUGGUUUAGAUAAAGAGAUAUCAGAAGGUGCGGGUGCAGCGAUUACUGGAAAAAGUUGGAAUUUUGGAAUAUUUAUAGUUGUAUUAGUUGCAACAAUACUUGCCAAUUUAACAACUUCAGUAGCAGCUUGUGCAGUUUGGAUCCCGUUUGUGUUGUGUUGUUCGGUUGACGCUCCUCUUCCUUGGCCAAGCAAGGUUUAUGUUGCAGCGAUGGGCGUAGGAAUAGCAUCUUCAUUUGGAUUCUGUCUACCUUUUCUAUAUACCCCAGCUUACUUUUGCCAUAACACUGGUAAAGUGCCUAUUGGGAAAAUGAUAAAAUACAAUAUUGCUGCUGUACUCAUUUGCAUGUUGUGUUUAUACUUUGCUCUGCUGAUUUGGGCGCCGUAUCUAUUUGAUCCCGAUGACAUGGGUUUUAUGCCCGUUGAUGCACCAGUGCCUGCAGGCGCGACAAAAGCAACGACGACAGCAGCUGAGGGGGGCGCCGGCGGCGACGGUGGAGGAGGAGACGGAGGGGGCGGAGGAGGCGGCCUUUAGUAUUAUAUUGAUAAUAGUAUUAUUCUAAAAGGGCAUGUUUUACCACUGCCCAUCAAGUUAAUUUUACCGACUUAUGAAUAUGCAGUUGAGGAUCCUGAUUUAUCAAAUAGGUCAAAAAUGUGUUUUAAGAUAUAAAAUUAGUUUAGGGUGUAUCAAUAGGGUUGUUCUGAGAUUCCGUCGAAAAUAAGAUCUCAGACCAGUGGUAAAACAGGUCCUACAUUAUGUAUAAGAGAGGUUAAGUUAAUUUACUUUAUGCGUAAAAAAGUUAUAAUUUGUUUUUCUUCGUUGAAUAAAAACAUACUCGCAAAAAUA